AUUUGAAAUUCAAUCAUUGGACGCGGCUACUGUAGACUGCGACAAUGCUUUCAGCCAUUAAAAUCUUUGACCAUGUCGCCGUUUAGUCACACAUAUUUACCUCGUUUCUGUAAAAUUCAUUUUCUUGGUUGGCAACUCGGAUGUGACGUCAUGGCCGAUGGCGUUACACUGUUUACUUGUUCACUGGAAGGUCCAGCGGUUGAAAAUGGCUUGGGACAAUUAUUACCUGUUGUUUGUAAUGUGACUGCAUUUCUUUACAGUCUGUAGCCGAAAGAACAUGGGUUACGUUAUUUUUAAAUUAUUGUUUGAGAAUGACCGACAUUGUAAGAAGAUUCGUCACAGUUUACUAUAUGAAGAACAGCAGGAUGGGUAUGAUUUUAGUAGUGGACCUAAAUAAUGACAUCUCUGGAAUGAUGUCAUCUUCAUGGAAGAUAUCUGGGAGCAUUUCAUUGAAACGUUUUAAUUAAACGAGUUUGAAAUAUUUACUUGCAUAUUUUCUGAGCUCAGCCCAUGUUUGUAUCAUCAUGGACAGGGAUGCUUACCGCAACUGUUGCAGUCUGGUAAAAAUCCCUCGACAGUCUUAUGAUCAGUUCUGUUCAUCACAUUUCGUAGACUACAUCGACAAGGAUCUGUCUUACUCCAAAUUUUUUAAAAAGUACCUCCUUCCCAAUCAUCCUUGUGUCUUUUCCAAACGAUUCACCGAGGAGUGGAAGUGUAGGAAACAGUGGGUGACCGAGGAUGGCAAGCCACACUUCCAGAAGUUGCUGCAAGAAUUUGGAGAGACUCCUGUACCUGUUGCCAACUGUAAUGCAAAGGAAUACAAUGCAAACCCCAAACAAGUGAUUCCUUUCAAGGAGUUCAUCCAGUACUGGAAGGAGCACAUACAGAAUGGACACUCGUCCCCUAAAGGAUGCCUCUAUCUUAAAGACUGGCAUAUGUCCAGGGACUUUCCGGAGCAUCAAGUUUACACCACUCCUAUUGUCUUUACCUCUGAUUGGCUGAAUGAAUACUGGGAUGCACUUGAAGUGGAUGACUACCGCUUUGUUUACAUGGGGCCCAAAGGAUCAUGGACGCCGUUCCAUGCCGAUGUCUUCCGCUCAUACAGUUGGUCGGCAAACAUCUGUGGCAGGAAGAAGUGGCUACUGUAUCCUCCGGGCCAGGAGGAGUUCCUAAGAGACACCCAUGGCAACCUCCCCUAUGAUGUCACCUCAGCCGAGCUUCGUGACCGGAGUCUUUUCCCGCGUUUCCUGGAGGCCUGCCAGCCACUCGAGAUCAUUCAGGAAGCAGGGGAGAUCAUUUUUGUACCAAGCGGUUGGCACCAUCAGGUUUAUAAUCUGGAGGACACCAUCUCCAUCAAUCACAACUGGUUAAACGGCUGCAACGUGGACAUCAUGUGGCAGUUCCUUCAGACCGAGCUGUCGUCAGUCCAGAAAGAGAUCGAUGAGUGGAGAAACACCAUGGAUUCAUGGCAUCAGCACUGUCAGGUCAUAAUGAAGGCGUGCUCUGGCAUUGAUUACGGGGAGUUUGCGUCAUUCCUCAAAAUCGUGGCGGACAACCGAAUGACUUUCUUGAACGCUCGCCCCUCCGGGGAUUCUGACGACUUCCCGCGCAACCCUUCGGAGGCGCUCGUCACCCUGGGACCCUACCACGCUGCCUUUGAUUUGCAAAGGGUGGCCCACAUUUUGGAGCUCUUGCUGUGCGACGAGGACUUCAAGCGACUAGACCACUCGGCAUCUACCGUUCAGCCUGAAAUGCUGUUGCAGAAAAUUCGGGACACCAUACAAACCACUAGAGGGCAACAUCUUCUUUAUCAAGACUAAACUAAAUGAGUCAGGAACAAGGGCUGGCAAAGAGGCAUUUUCUUAAACUGAAGGUAAUAAAAGUUCAAAAAUUGGCACGAGGGUGAUGAAAAUGUCUUGAAAUUUGCAUAUCUUCACCCGAGUUGAGUAAAUAGAUGGUAUCUCAAUAUGUUAAAUUUUGACAUCACAUUAAGGCAAAAUUCAGAACUAGCUCACAUUUUCAGAAAUAGUGUACAGCAACUUUAAUAGGUUGUUUAAUUUCACACUUGAAAUAUACUGUAUACGUAUGAAAGCUAUUAUGUCCAAUAUUACUUGGGUUUCGUCCAUUAGUCUCACAAAACAAAAUGUUAAAAUGGAAUCAAUAUGAAAAAACAUGGCCAAGUAAGGCCUCAACAUCACCUUGCCUGUUAAUUUGCAAAAAAAAAAAAAAAAAAGCCCCCCACCCCAACAUCUCACUGCAUUGCUUGUGUAAAACCAAUUUAAGGUUCUAAGAAAAUCUUGUGUAAUCCUGCAACAUGUGACAUUUUCUGUAGACAUUCAGGAAAUAUUUUGAAUACAGAUUAAAAAAUAAUGCUAAAGGCACUUUUUUUUUUUUUUAAUUUAAAACCUGUUAAAUAUUUAUUUUGAUACACAAUUGCAUUUGUUACAUUGCUAAAAUCCAAGACCUUCAUGACAUGAUUGAUUUGUCACUGUGAAGUGCAUGUGUCAAUCUCAUCGUUUGCCCUUUAAAAAUAAACACGUCACAAGUUGUGACAUUGAAAAACCACUUGAGGCUUGUGUUUCAAAAGUGUCAGCAACAUUCACAUAAAUCACAUAAAAGCUCCGGUCUCGGUUUUCUCGUUUGCAGGCCACCAGUCAGGCACGGAGGCCUCCAGCGUCACUUGGCUUUCGUUGGCAGCUUUGACCGUCAACACCUCCUGGGCGUGUGCCAGACGGAUCAGACUCAGGCCCAGAUUUCCCAGCCCGGCGAGGUGCUUUCCAGCUGGCUUGCCUGACAGUGUGUGUAGGGCGGUGCCCUCCUCCAAGCUUUCAAUUGACGCUGACGAGCGCACUGGCAUGAGGCGCUUGCGGAUCACGCCGGUGUGAUGAGUCCUGGCUGUCAGCUCCUGGCCAAUGUAGCAGCCCUUGCUGAAACUGAUGCCUUGCAUGUAGACUAGGUUGGACUCGAGUGGUAAUGCCACUCCUGGAGGAAGGUCUUUCACUCCCUCUGGAAGUCCUGGACAACAAUGACAACAGACAACAAAGAAAAAAAAAAAAAACGGCUGUCAACACUCUGCAGGGAAAAUUAACGAUUCAGCUUUGUGCUCAAUUAAACAGGCCUGAAAUUCAGGAAAUUUUCAAAUAAAUUUAGAUAUUAUUUAAUCAUUAUUUCUGUAAUGUUUGGUGUGCUGUAAGAUUUUCCAAAUACAAAAUGACUGACUUGCGAAACACUAACCUAUGGAAUAGCGAUGCCUGUGGUAA